CGCUCCGCCCCUCCCACUACGGGGCUGACACCAACCCGGCCCAGUGCGCAGGCGCGGGAAAGUUGCACUAAUAAAAGUUUACUCAAGUUCGGUGAAGGAGAGGGGGCCGGCGGCUCCCCGGCCCCAGGUGCCCCCAUGGCAGGCUCAGAAGACCUGGGGCUCCGGGAGGACACGCUGAGAGUCCUAGCUGCCUUCUUUAGGCGAGGUGAGGCUGCUGGGUCCCCCAGCCCUACCCCACCCAGGAGUCCUGCCCAGGAGGAGCCAACAGAUUUCCUGAGCCGUCUUCGAAGAUGUCUUCCCUGUCCCCUGGGGCGAGGAGCAGACCCCCCUGUGUCCCCUCGGCCUUGCUCCUUGCCCCUCCGCCCAUGCUAUGUUUCAGAGCCUGGCCCAGCCACUUCCGAUUUCUAUGCUCUGGUGGCCCAGCGGCUGGAACAACUGGUCCAAGAGCAGCUGAGAUCCCCACCUAGCCCAGAGUUACAGGGUCCCCCCCUCACAGAAAAGGAAGCCCUACUGCGGAAGCUGGUGGCCUUGCUGGAGGAAGAGGCUGAAGUCAUCAACCAGAAGCUGGCCUCGGACCCCGCCCUGCGUGGGAAGCUGGCCCGCCUCUCCGCCAGCUCCUUCGCCCGCCUAGUGGAGCUGUUCUCUAGCCGGGAGGAGAGCCCUCUGCCCAGCCGUCCACGCCCCUCCUUACCCUGCCCAGGGCCUCCACCGCCUUCCCCGGAGCCCCUGGCCCGCCUGGCCCUGGCCAUGGAGCUGAGCCGCCGCGUGGCUGGGCUGGGGGGCACCCUGGCCGGACUCAGCGUGGAGCACGUGCACAGCUUCGGGCCCUGGAUCCAGGCACACGGGGGCUGGUGAGCACCUACUGUACACCAGUAGGUAAUCGGUGCAGACCCUAUGCCUGGCUUAAACCAUUCUGGUGGAUACUGACAGUUAUGAGUGGGAAUCAAGUGAGACCUCUUCCUGGGCCUCUGUUUCCUUAUCAGUCAAGAGGGAAGAGGAGAAGUACCCAUCUCAAAGGGUUAUUGUAAAGAUUAAAAUGGAAUCAUCUCUGUAAGUCCUUGGCAUCCUGUGGUCAUUUGCAUAGUUAUCUUGUGCCUGUCUGCUUCUCUGACACUGCCUGCCAGAAUGCGCUUGCCCAGGUAUCCCCCUGCCUCGGUUCCUCUGCUCCAUUCCGGUGUCACUCCCAGUGAGACCUCCCCUGUCCCCAUAUAAAACCGCAGCCACCUCGUACCCUCCCACCCACUCCUUUUCCCUCUUCAUCGCUUUACUUCCUUCCAUAAUACUCUGCACCUUCUAAUACACAGCUUCUAUCAGAUGGUAGGAUUGACCUGCUUUACUUACUUCUUUUUGGGUUUUUUUGCAUGUUCUCUUGCCCCUGACCUAUCAGUUUCACAAGACCAGGGAGUCUUACCAAGCUCGCUCAUUGCUUUAUUUAUCUGUCAUUUAUUUAUCUGAGGGAGAGAGCACAAGUUAGAGAGUUAGAGAGAGGGAGAGAGAGCACAUGAGAGCACAAACGCAGGGGGAGCAGCAGAGGGAGAGGGAGAAGCAGGCUCCCUACUGAGCAGGGAGCCCAACACAGGGCUCAAUUCCAGGACCCUGGGAUCAUGACCUGAGCUGAAGGCAGACACUUAACCAGCUGAGCCACUCAGGUGCCCCACCCCCUUUUUAAAGAUUUUAUUAGAGAGAGUGUGUGUAUACAAGUGGGGAUGAGGGGACAGAGGGAGAAGCAGACUCCCCACGGAGCAGGGAACCUGUUGCAGGGCUCCAUCCCAGGACUCCAGUACCUGAGCCUAAGGCAUACGCUUAACCACUCUGAGCCACCCAGGCACUCCUUGCUCACUGCUUUAAAUCCAGUGCCAGGCUCAGAGCUUGAUUGGGCUCCAGAGUACUGACAGUGUGACCUUGGCAACAUCCCCAGCUAGCUGAGCACCGGUCUCCCCCAGCCCAACGGGGACUGUUCACUUCCCUGCCUGGUUGCUGUGGGGAUUUGGUGCUCUCAGGUUGUGAGUGUUGCUUCACAGGCUGGCAGGAGCUGGCCAGGUGUGUUUGAGGAGCAGAGUGAAGGCCAGUAGGGCUGAAGCAGGGUAAGCGAAGGGGAGGGGGCGAGAGAUGAGGUCAGGAAGGGCGGCCGGCCAGAUCGCGUGGGACAUUGUGAAAGUGAGAACUUGGACUUUGAACGGGCCUGGAGUCCCUAGACUAGCUCUACUCUCUGCGUCCCCGGCAAAGUGGGCUGACUUAGGUGUUGACUUGCGCGCUCUAGCGGCCGCAUGGGGGAACACUAGCGGGCGAGGCGGAAGUGGGGAGUUGGGAGGAGGUGUCCGCUCUGGUUCAGGGAGGGAGAUAAGGGUGGAUCACACCACGGUGGAGGCGGUGGAGGAGUCCUCCAGUUAAUUUAGAGGUAGAGUUGACAGAUUUCGCUUAUGGAGUGGAUUACGAGUGCUAUUUAUGAGUGCCGAUGAGGGGAAGACAGGAGUCAAGGAUGCUGGCCUGAGCACCUGCAGGGCCGCAUCUGGUGCUCCCUGAGAUAGGAGUGAGGAGCAGGGGGAGCACGUUUGAAGAAGAGUCAGAGAUGAUUGGAAAUGGUCCAGUUAGGGGAGAGAUGCCCUUCAGACCCCAAAGGGAGAUGAGGAGGGGACAGUGGAUAGACGACGUGUCUGGAGCUCUGUGCAGAAGCUUGUUUAUUGGUGAAAUUGUUUUUCUUUUCGACCACGUGCAUUUCCAAGGACUUAAGUGGAAUAAUUCCAUUUAAAUCCCACAACCACCUUAUGGGAUUGGAUAUUAUCCCGAUUUUAUGGAGAUGGAUGAAGGGUCCCCCAUGCAGAGGAUUGGGAUCAAGACUUUGACACAGCACCAGCAGAGCUUUGCAUCCUUAAAACCCCAGGACCCUGUUCCCUUUCUCUGGAUCUCUCUUCCCUGUCUCUCUGUCUACCUGCCACUGGUGCUCUGCCCUCCACCCUGGAGCUUUGUCUUUCCUCCCUUUUACCAGGACUCUGGCCCCAUCCACUCGUGGGACUCUGAUUCUUUCUUUGGAUCUUCAUCCUCCCACCCCAUCCCUGUCUGCCUCCCCUGUCUCUGCUCUCACUGGGCUGGUGGAGAUGCCACUGCGAAUGGAGGAUAGGCUCUUACUGUGAGCGCUCACAAGCUCUUCCACUUUUC